GAACGACAAUUGCAAUUAGUGGGAUGGUUUUAUUAUAUAUCGAAAUGUUACAAUGUGAUAUGAUUUAUCCGUCUAAUUGGCCAAACGGAUCGAGAAGAUUUAUACAAAAACCAUCUGAAUAUGGAAUUCCAUAUUCGGAGGUUACGAUGGUUACGGAAGAUAGUAUUCGUUUAAGAGCAUUUAUCUGCAAAAGACCGAUAGAUAGAGAAGCUAGAAAAAGACCCACUAUUUUAAUGUUUCAUGGUCAUCGAUUACCGAUUGCAGAAAGAUUCUAUAAUGAAUUUAAAUGUAAUGUGAAACAAUCCAUAAUCAAAGUCUAUGGACAAUCAUUGGGUGGCGCUGUAGCUAUUGACUUGGUUUCAAAAAACGAAUCAAAGGUCAACGCAUUGAUCAUUGAAAACACAUUUCUUAGUAUACCGAAAUUGGUUCCACAUAUACUACCAAUACUACGAUAUUUAACAUUCAUGUGUUCACAAAUUUGGCCAUCCGAAAAAUCGAUAAAAAAGAUUAAGUUUAUACCAAUAUUAUUUUUAUCCGGAACAAGAGAUGAAGUUAUACCGCAACAACAGAUGAAAAAAUUAUUCGAAUUAUCUCAAACCAGUGGCGGUAAAGAAUGGAAAGAAUUUUUAUAUGGUAGUCAUAAUGAGACCAUUUUUCAACCUGGUUACUUUCAAUUUGUUGGGGGAACAAUAGUUGUUAGUAGUGGUAUUGCCAUAUUAUACUCUGUUCAACGGAAUUCAAUUUAUACAUCGAAUUAUCCCGAAGGCUCAAGAAAGCAUGUACCAAAACCUUCUGAAUAUGGUAUUCCUUAUUCUCCUGUUAUUUUAACGACAAAAGAUAAUGUUAAUAUUCGGGCUUAUGUUUGUAAAAGGCAUACUGAAGACGAAGCAAGUUCUCGUCCUACCGUUUUGAUGUUUCAUGGAAAUGGAGGAAAUAUGGGUCAUCGAUUACCUAUAGCUGAAAGAUUUUUCAAAGAUUUUAAAUGUAAUGUUGUAAUGGUUUCCUACAGAGGAUAUGGUCGCAGCGAAGGAACACCUACCGAGAAGGGGCUUUGCUUGGACGCUCAGGCCGCUUUACAAUAUAUAAAACAAGAUGAAAUUUUAAGACAUACUAAAUUAAUAGUAUAUGGACAGUCACUAGGAGGAGCCGUAGCAAUUAACUUGGUAGCAAGAAAUGAAAGAUGUGUUAACAUAUUAAUCUUGGAAAAUACAUUCCUCAACAUUCAAAAAGUUCUUCCAAAAUUAUUUCCAAAUUUUAAUUUUCUCAGUUCAGAUAUUUGGCCAUCAGAGCAAAUGAUAAAAAAAAUUAAAACAAUCCCAAUAUUAUUUUUAUCAGGCAAAAAAGAUGAAAUCAUACCACCAUUUCAUAUGCAAAAAUUAUUUGAAUUAUCCCAAACUAGUGGUGGUAAAGAAUUGAUUGAAUUUAAUGAAGGCAGUCAUUUAGAUACGGUUCAACAACCAAAUUACUUUCGGAACAACUCUAUGACAGUUCGUCUUGACGUUUGGUCAAGUGACGAUAUUGACGAUAGUCGUAAUCGUUUUAUCGGAAAUUCUUUUUCAGAAAUGGAUAAUUUAAAACGUAGACACAACACUACAGCACAAACACAAGAGUAUGAGCCCGUUCCUUUUGAACCGGACCUCAAUUAUGUUAAAACACAAAAACCACCACGUUUACCUUCUACAAAGUUAGAAGAACUUCGAGCCAUUUAUAAUGAUUACUACGAUAUCAUUCAUCCUUUAUUCUUCACUGUUUUAUCAUUUUGGACAAGAUUUUAUUUAAUUUCCCUUUCGGAUAUCGUAUUAUGGGACGAGGCGCAUUUCGGCAAAUUUGCAUCACAUUAUCUCAAACAAGAAUUCUACUUCGAUGUGCAUCCACCUCUUGGUAAAAUGAUCGUUGCGUUGGCGGGGUUGCUCGUCGGAUAUGAUGGAUCUUUCGACUUUGCAUCUGGAUCUAAAUAUCCGGAAAAUUUAAAUUAUGUCUUAAUGAGAAUCUUCUUGGCUUCGUUUGGUGCAUGGAUGGUACCUUUGGCUUAUUUUACAGCCAUCGAAUUGGAUUUUUCUCAACAUGCCGUUAUUUUAGUAGCCUUGAUGGUGUUGUUAGGCAAAUCCUUUUCGAUUGAUUGGUGGUUAUGGCUGGCCUUGACCGGAAUUUCUAUCGGUUGUGUCACAAGUGUUAAGUGGGUCGGAUUAUUUGUAACAGCAUUGGUUGGAUUAUAUACAAUCGAAGAUCUUUGGGAUAAAUUUGGAGAUUUAAACAUGCCAAAGUUACUUUAUUUACAACAUUGGAUUGCAAGAAUCAUCUGUUUAAUAAUACUUCCAAUUUUAAUUUAUAUGUUGAGCUUUGUGAUACAUUUUGCAAUCCUCACUAAUAGUGGGCCGGGAGAUGCUCAGAUGAGUUCUCUCUUUCAGGCUGGCCUCUAUGGCAAUAACUUUGCAGAAAAUCCUCUUGAAUUAGCAUAUGGAUCAAGGGUUACAAUUAAGAACAUGGGAUUUGGUGGUGGCCUUUUACAUUCUCAUGUUCAGGCAUAUCCAGUAGGAUCAGAACAGCAACAAGUAACUUGUUAUCAUCAUCAUGAUGUUAACAAUGAUUGGUUUAUUAAAAAAACGAGAGAAGCACCGAUUAGCAAUAAUGAGAAUGAGGUUGAAUUUGUGCAUGAUAAAGAUAUGAUUAUAUUAUUCCAUGCUCAAACUGGAAGAAAUUUACAUAGUCAUCAAGUUGCGGCUCCAGUAACGAAAUCACAAUGGGAAGUUAGUUGUUACGGCAAUGAAACAAUUGGGGAUUUAAAUGAUUAUUGGGUGGUUGAAGUUGUAGAUGAUAUGUAUACAAAGACAGAUCGUAUUAGAUCAUUAACGACUCGCAUGAGAUUUCGUCAUAAACAUCUCGGAUGUUAUCUUCGAGCUGCCAAUGCGGCUUUACCACAAUGGGGGUUUAAGCAGAUCGAAGUGACUUGCGAUAAACAAAAUAAUCCAAGGGAUUUUCACACUUAUUGGAAUAUAGAGCGACAUUGGAAUGAUUUGCUGCCAAGCGGAGGUAGAGCCUAUUAUAAGUCAAGUUUUUUAAAUGAUUUCUGGCAUUUAAAUGUUGCCAUGUAUACAACAAAUAAUGCACUUGUUCCUGAUCCUGAUAAAGAAGAUAUUCUUGCAUCUACACCAGGACAAUGGCCAUUUUUAAAGGUUGGGUUAAGGAUGUGUAGUUGGGCAGAUGAUGUGGUUAAAUAUUAUUUACUUGGAAAUCCAGUGGUAUGGUGGUCUGGUACAGUAUCCUUGAUCAUAUUCGUAGUUACAUUACUUUGGUAUUUGGUAAGACGACAGAGAGGAUAUAAGGAUUUUUCACCAGCUCAAUGGACACAUUUCUUAUACGUUGGAAAAGUAUGUGGAAUAGGCUGGUUAUUACAUUAUUUACCAUUUUGGAUAAUGGGAAGAGUUACAUAUUUGCAUCAUUAUUUCCCAGCAUUAUAUUUUUCAAUAUUAAUGGCAGCAUUUAUGACGGAUCAUUUAACUAACAUAGCAUUUGGUAUAGAUUAUCCUUCUAGUGAAUUUGAAGGUAGGAAAUGGGUUAAAACUUGGAAUAUUGUAGAUUAA